AUGUCGAAGUUGCCAAAGCUUCCCCAAGGGCAAAAAGUCUACGUCUACUACGGUUCUGCAAGUGGACGGUCAGAGGAAGCGGCGUUCGAUCUGUGGCGGGAACUGAAGUCCCUGAAGUACCCCACAGUCCAGUUUAGUGGUCCACAGGCGUUGGAUGCUGUAUCGCUCGAGGAGAUCUUCAAUGGGGAGGAUAAGACGGUCAUAUUCAUAGUAUCUACAACCGGCCAAGGGGACUGUCCUGAGAACAUGUCUGUGUUCUGGAAGAAGCUUAAGGGCGGCAUCGUGGGUAGAGGAGGCGGACGGUCAACUAAUAGGCUUCCUGAUUGUGCUGUUUUUGGUCUUGGUGAUAGCAAAUACAAGUACUACAACGUGGUGUCCAGGAGGCUGUAUGGCAUGUUGAAGCGUCUGGGCUGUAGUAUGGUCCAUCGACUGGGCUGUGGUGAUGACCAACAUGACUUCGGCUAUGAACAGGAGUUCGAUCCGUGGUUGGCCGACCUCUUAGGAGUCGAGCCCGAUGUCCAAUCACGGAAGCGGCAGCCCCUUGAGAAGACUCUGUAUGAGGUCCGGCCGUGGACUGAGGGUCAGCUUUUGGGCCGAACUUCGACCGACCGACAGCACAAGUUGGCUACAGUUUUAUGGCGGAGAUGUCUCACACCUUGUCGCGAACCAAAAGAGGCUAUUCACCUCCUACGUCUCUUCCUGCCAGCCGGGCAUUGGGUCUACAAACCUGGAGAUGUCUGCAAGGUCUGGCCCGAAGUCGACUUUGAUAUUGUGACAAAGUUCGUGGAGGACACUUUGGGACGGCAGUUGACCGACACUGUCGUGAUAGAGCCUCGGUCCCAGUCUAAAGAGUUGGCCCAACGGUUGCCUUGUGGUCAGCCUCUAACUCUCGGGGAUAUCUUUUCUAAGUAUUUGGAUAUUACUGCUAUUCCAGGAAGGUACUUCUUCUCCAUCAUGGCCGAGUACGCAGACGAGGCUUUGAGGGAAUACGAGGCCGGCAUGGCCCUCCAGGAAGAGAUUGAACUACUGCGGGACAAGUUGGUCGAGUUCGGUUCUCGUACACCAGAUGGGAAGAAUAAGCGCUUCGAGUACUGCGAGGCGGAGCAGAUGUCGUACGCGGAUGUCCUGUGGGAUUUCCGUCGGAUCAGCGUCCCUUUGGACCGGUUGUUGGAGUUGAUACCACCGAUAGCCCCUCGCAGCUAUUCCCUGGCUAGCUGUCCAGACCUUCAUGCCUUCUGGAGGGCCAUGCCGUUUGGACCGGGGCCACGGCUCGGUGGUCUGGAGUUUGACUUGUGUGUCGGACGGGUCACGAGGACCACGCCCCUGUUGAGGGUAAAGAAGGGCCUGGCUAGCACGUAUUUGACGAAACUUCAAAAAGGGGAGUCGGUGAGAAUCGAACUCGCGCGGGGUCAGACUCUUGAGAAUAGCGGCGUGGACGAUCCCCGGACUCCGCUAUUCCUGAUGGCGGUUGGUACUGGUGUAGCGCCUAUCAGGGCCCUAGUCCAGAAGCGCCUCCUCCAGGUGUGGCAUGCCCAGCGUUCGGAUCGUCUUGGCCGUAUCGAUGUGGUCCUUGGUCACCGGCACCCUCACCAGGACUUCCUUUUUGGACAAGAAUGGCAGACCAUUGUUGACAGCUUUCCGGACCUCUUUAGAGUGGUCGCUGCCUGGAGCCGACCGGACGAUCAAAAUGUUGUCGAUCUGGUCAAGUCUGAUGAUGCCAAUAACAGUUAUUGCUACUCUGAUCUCAAAAGUGAUCCCCUGCCAGAGCAUUUGGUCGGCAGGAAAACUUGGAUUCAGGACGUGUUGAAGGCGUGGGCGUUCGAUUGGCCAGUGGUCCUCUCCCAAGGAAGUCGUACCAAAAUGGUCUUGGGAGGCAAAAGCCAUCCUAUGCCGAUGCAGGUUUGGCAGACCCUCAGCGAGCUGUCCCCGGGAGGAGAGGUGGAUCUGGACAGGGCCCGCAAGCAAGGCCGCUACUUCACUGACACUUGGGCUUGA